GGCGUUGUGGUUUGUUAUCAUGUCUAUACAGAUGUAACCCAUCUCCCGAAGGUGGUAUGUGUUAUUGCGCGGAUGGAAUGGCGUUAAAACCAGACGAUAAAAGGACUUGUAUUGAUUUCAAUGAAUGCUCCAGCUGGGGAUACUGUGAUCAGAUCUGUACAAAUAAACAAUAUGGAUACACAUGUUCUUGUCAGGCAGGGUUUACAUUAACAGGAAAACAGAUGUGUCGAGCAAAUAACAGUGAAAGCGCAAGAUUAAUCGUAUCCAGUAACAAGAGACUUUUUUCAAUGAAGACAGAUGGUAGUGACAUAAAACUUAUAGCCACAACAUCGAUAAGUCCUGUAGCUUUUGAUUCCUAUCGAAAUAAGAUAUUCUGGGCCAAUGCUCACGACUCAGAUAAACGAGAGUUUUGGGAAUCUGAUUUAUCUGGUGAGAAUAAACGUUCGAUUCCACUCAGAACGACAUUCAGCAUUGCUUCACUCACCUACGAUUGGAUCGCCAACAACUUAUAUUACAUCGACGAUGCUGCUGGCAUCCUUGGCAUCUUUAGUCUCGACAGCAGACGUCAGUCUAACAUUAUCACUUCAGAUCUAACGAGAAUGAUUUCCAUAACACUUGACCCUCUUGUUGGAUAUAUGUUCGUUGCUCUUUGGGGAUACAGCUAUGAAAGGGUCAAUGGUAUUUACCGAGCUUUUAUGGAUGGAAGUAACAUGGUGUAUUUUAAAACAUCGAAUUAUACCUUUCCACGUGGAAUUACUGCUGAUGUUAUUUCCAAAAGGAUUUAUUUCAUUGAUAGCCAUUUCGACCAGGUGCUGACCUUUGAUUACAACGGAUUAAACAGAUUUGAAAUCAUUGCGGGAGGAAAAUAUAUUCCAUCACCUGUGGCAAUAACACAUUUUGAAAGCCAUCUCUUUUGGGCUGAUUUGCAUAAGGGUAAAAUUAUGAAGAUGAAUAAAAAUGGUAGCAUUUCCACUUUAACAGAAAUAUAUCACAAUACUUCUGAAAUUCCUGAAAGAUUGAAAAUUUUCCAUUCAUCUUUGCAACCACAAGGAAGAAAUCCGUGCAAGCAGGCUAAAUGUCAACAUAUUUGUGUUGUGACUCAUACCUCUGACAAUGAUGGGCUUGGUUACCGUUGUCUGUGUGAAAUAGGUUUCAUUCCUGAUUCAAACCAAAUUAAUUGUACACGGGUCACUAAAUUUAUUUUAGUUUCCAAAAGAAACACUAUUGAAGGUGUACCACUGGAUAGAAAGUUUUCUUCCACUGCAAAUGCUAUUCUACCAGUCACAAACACUUUUUUAAGGUACUCUCAUAUUAAAUCUUUGGACUACACCUCAUCUGACCAGACUAUCUAUUUUUCUGACGCUUACAGUCGCACAGUGCUCAAAUUCAAUUUGAAUACUUCAGAGUUGAAGAUAGUGUUUCACGAGUAUGUAAGUGAUAUUUCAGUGGACUGGAUGCUUCGCAAUUUAUAUAUGGCUAAUCGUCUCGGGAUUACAGUUGUACGUAUUGAUAAUGUAGAGGACAAGCGAGUAAUCAUUAGCAACGAAACAUCCGUAACAUCAAUUGUUUGCCAUCCUUACAAAGGUUUGAUUUUCUUUGCAAGCCGAUUUUACACGAAGCUAGCUUAUAUUGGAAGAGCUUUUGCUGAUGGUAGCAAUGUGAAGCAUAUACGCCGACAUGAGCUAGGGUACCCAGCCAGUCUUACAAUCGACUUCAAAGCUGACCAUUUAUAUUGGUCUGAUUUUUCCCUUAAAAGGAUCCAGCGGUCAGAUCUAGAUGGAAAUAAUGUUCAAACUCUUGGCAUAACACUUAGGACCCCUGUAAGGAUUUUUGUUUAUGGAGAUGAUUUGUAUCUUUUGAGCUAUUUUGUGCUGAUACGUACAAAGAAAACAGGAGAUUCUCCAUUGGAAACAUUGGCGACAUACAAGAUGUACACUAUGGAUUUGAAAAUAUAUGACAAGGAUCUUCAGAAAAUUGAAGCCUCAAAUCCAUGCAUUCAAAGAAAUGGUGAUUGUACUCAUUUUUGUUUCGCUGUGCCUAUGACACAAGACAUUCUCCAUGGGGAACUGGGUCGCCAUUGUGGUUGUCCGUAUGGUAUGAAGUUGGACACUGAUCUCAGAACAUGCAUUAAUCAUACAGAAUUUGAACCACCAAAAGAAUGCCCGCCUUCCAGAUUUCAAUGCAAAAACAAACGCUGUAUCAGCCAUUACAGAGUCUGUAACCUGCAGGAUGAUUGUUUUGAUAAUUCUGAUGAAGUUAAUUGUACAUCACCUUCACGUCAGUGUUCGCUACAUGAAUUCAAGUGUGCGAGUGGAAAGUGUAUACCAAAUCGGUGGAUAUGUGAUGGAUACAAAGAUUGCCCUGAUAAUACAGAUGAAAAAGAUUGCAAAUAUAACUGCAGCAGUUUUCAAUUUCGGUGCAAUAAUGGUUUUUGUAUACACCGUUCUCGAAAAUGCAAUUCCUACACUGACUGUACUGAUGGAUCUGAUGAAGGCGCCUUCUGUGCUAAUCAUACUUGUCUUCCAUAUUUCUUCAAGUGUGAUGGUUAUAAAUGCUUAUCUCAAUCGUUUCUCUGCAAUGGAAGACGAAAUUGCCGAGAUGGGAGUGAUGAACGCAACUGCCCAGAGGCAAAAUGUUCUCCAUAUCAAUGGAAAUGUCCAACAUCAAAUAUUUGUAUCCACAAAAUGCGUCACUGUGAUGGUGUAGCAAACUGUGAAGAUGGAAGUGAUGAAGUUGGAUGUAAUGUAACAACUGCUGAAGGUUGUCGAGAAGGAUAUUUCCGGUGCUUAGGUGGAUCGUGUCUUCCCAAUAAUUGGCAUUGUGAUGGUCACAAGGAUUGUGAAUCUGGAUCUGAUGAAAAUUCAACCUGUAUCACAAAACCAUGUCCAGCUCACCGGUUCCGAUGCAAUACUGGUUUAUGUAUUCCUAAAAGUUGGGUCUGUGAUCACAUGAAUGACUGUGGAGAUAAUUCCGAUGAAGGCACCGCACAAAAUUGUCCCAGUCCAAAAUUCAGAUGUUCCUAUAGAGAGUGGCAGUGUCCUGGCGGACACCAAAUUUGUAUAAGUCUAUCAAAGAUCUGUGAUGGUAAAACUGAUUGUCCAGGAGGCACUGAUGAAAGUGCUACCUGUAAUUCAAACAGCUGUGCAAUUAACAAAGGCGGUUGUGCCUUCAGAUGUUUGCAAACGCCAUUUGGGGCCCAGUGCUUAUGUCCAGUAGGUCAAGAUUUUAAUAGUAAUGAAACUUGUGUAGAUUUAAAUGAAUGUGAACCCCCUGGAGUUUGCAGUCAACACUGCCUGAACCUGGAGGGUUCAUAUAAAUGUUCAUGUGAUACUGGUUACCAAUCAGAACGGAACUUAUGCCUUGCAAUUGAAAAUACAACAUUAGCUUCUUUGAUAGUGAUUGGUUUGAAGAGUUUCACCAAUGUCAGCCUUAAUCUUCAACCUUACGAAGAGAUCAAUAUCGCUGAUGCCAAAAGAAUAAUUGCUUCCAGCAUAGACAUACCUAACCAAACCAUCUAUUUUUCUGAUGCUAGGAAUAAAGUUAUUUCCAGAAUCAAAACCAAUGGCUCUGAUCAAACAGUUAUUGUCCAAACAGGCAUGACAUAUGUGGCAGGUCUAGCUGUUGACUGGAUUGGCCGCAAUUUAUACUGGAUCGAUAGUUGGAAGAGGACAAUCGAAGUGUCAGAUCUUGAAGGUGACCAUAGAAUGAUUUUGUUAAAACUAAAUCUCUCUCGCCCAAUGGCCAUCGAAAUUGAUCCACGUGAAGAAUUUAUGGUAUCCAUAACCAAGUCCCUUAUUUCUCAACAA